AUGACGGCCGGAUACCUCCCUCAUAACCACAUCCACCCCGGCGGCAUGGCCAUCCCGGGCGUCCGCCACCGCACAUUCUCCUCCUCCUCCAACUCCGUCUGCAACUUCCCGCCCUCGUCAUCCUCGUCCUCAUCAUCCUUCUCCGCCUCGUCGACCGCCUCCUUCUUCCAGCUGCCGACGACCAAGCGGCGCAACAAGCAGACCCGCCUCAUGGAGCAGCAGCAGAUGGAGCAGGCCGCCGCCGCCCACGAGCACGCCACGCUGCGCGCCCAGGCCUGGCUCUACCUCAACGACUUCCUCGACACCUCGCCCGACUGGAGCGAGAUGCGCGAGCAGAUCGCCAUCGUCUGCGAAGCCGUCCCCACAAUGCCCGAGCUCAACUCCUACGGCGAGCUCGACGAGAAGGAGGGCACCGUCGCCUGCCGCCGCCUGUUCAAGGCCCCCGUCGUCUGGGACCGCCUCGGCCACAGCCUGUGGAAGACGCUGCGCGAAGCGGCCGAGCAGCGCGCCGUCGCCCGGAAGCUCUUCGAGGCCGCCGACUGGUCUGCCGCCCUCGAUGGCUUCACCGACGUCGACUACGCCGCUACCGGGGAUGCUUGUCGGGGUGGACGCCGCCGCGCGUCUGAGUCGACCGUCGGGACGGGCAUCAGCUCGCGCAGCUCGAGCGUCUCGCCUCUGGACAGGGUCAGCAACGACUGCACCGGCACCAAGGUCAAGAAGCAGUCGUCGCGCCUAAAGCUUUCCAGGAGGUUUUCGCCCUCGCGACGAGGAUCCUCCGACACGGACCGCGAGCUUACCGGCGUCUCGCCGCAGCAACAGCUGGACCAGCGUCGGGAUAGCUCCGACCGGUCUGCGACCCCCAGAAUCAUCCCGUCAAACUACUUUUCUGCCAUGCGGCGGACACUGGGGCUGUUUGGCGACCACCCACGGCAGCAGUCGCGGUGA